AUGCCUAAGGCGGUUGUUACAGACCAAAAUAUCGCGUUGAUGAAUGCGGUGACAAAGGUAUUUCCUUCUUCUAAUGCAUUAUUUUGUCGAUAUCACAUAACAACGAAUGUGAGAAGUCAGGUUAAACCCACGAUAGGAACGAAACAAGUAGAAGUCGAAGGUGCAAAAUUGGUGAAGAAAGUGUAUGAAAAGUAUCCUGCUUUAUUGAAAUAUAUUGAAAGCACCAUUCUUGAUCAAUUGAAUGAGAAGAUUGUAUGUGCAUGGACUGAUAAUGUCCAAGACCUUGAGAAUACAACCACUGACAAAGUUGAGUCGGCCCAUGCUAGUUUGAAAAAUUGGUUAGGUAAUAGUAAGGGGGACCUGUGUUAUGAUUGGGACUCUGUAAAUAUCAUGAUUAAACACCAACAUAAUGAGAUACAAACCACAUUUGGUCGGAGUAUAACGGUGUUGGAGCAUCAAUUUAAGGAUAAUAUUCUUUAUUCUCAAUUGAUCAGCAAUAUGUCUCGGUCAGAGUUGAACUAUAUUUUUCACGAGGCCAAACAAGGUGAAACGGUAGGUUCCGUUAGCGAAAAGUGUGAUUGCACUACUUUAAAAACAUAUGGUAUCCCAUGUGCUUGUGUCAUUGCUAAAAUGGUGAAACUAGGUGAGCCAAUAAGAAUAGAUGAAGUUUUCCCUCAUUGGAAAAGAACCAGUUUUGAAGAUGACGGUUGUAUGGAAGGAGGUAAAUUGAAUAUUUCUAUUUUGACUGAAUUGAAAGCGAUACAAGAGAUAUUUUCGAAGGCCGAUGAAAACAUGAAACUCCACAUCAAAGAACAAUAG